GAAAGGGAGGCCCGCGAGGUCGCUGGGCUCCUGCCCGCCAGAAAGGCCCUUCCAUCUUCCAGGGCGGCCCAUAAGAACAGUCGAGAGAGCGGCUGGGUCCCGCCUCUGCCCCCGGAGCCAGACGCCCCCCACCCUGAGGGAGGGCCUGGGAUCGGGAGCUCCGCCUCGGCUGCUAUAAGACGCGGGAAGCCGACGGACGCCCCGUCUAGUUGGCGCAACGACCGAUGGCGGCGGAUCGGCUGGGGAGGCGCUUGGGGCGCGCGUCGCCGGGCCGCUCUGCCGGCCUUUCUCCCGGAGGCAGCCGCGCGGAAAGGACGGCCAGUCCGGGAAUCCAGCGGCGCCAAGCACGGGUCACGGUUAAGUAUGACCGACGGGAAUUGCAGCGGCGCCUUGACACGGAAAAGUGGAUCGACGGCCGGCUGGAGGAGCUGUACCGAGGACGGGAAGAUGAGAUGCCAGAUGAAGUCAAUAUUGAUGAUCUCCUGGAGAUGGACACAGAUGAGGAGAGGGCCAAGAAAUUACAGGGCACCUUGGAGUCAUGCCACAACAACACGGAGGACUUCACCAGAGAGCUGCUGGAGAAGCUGAGAGGCCUCCGAACAGAACACGUUCUCCGCCGGACAAGCCCCAGCAGCCAGAGGAACAUGGACCAGGGCCCCAAAGUCCCACCGUGACAGGGAUGCUGGAGGGCUGCAGAGACGAGGCUGGGCUGCUGAAACGACUUGCCGCCGUCUCCCUGCCUCCAAUAGGAUGGAGUGGCUCCGCGGCUUCAGCCUCCUCCUCCUCCGCCCUGCCGGAAGGUCUCUUUGAACCUCUCUCUGAUGGAUGACAGGCUCUGCUGGGCCGCCUC